UCUGCGAUAGACGGCGGUGGCGAGGUUAGUUCGAUUUUUCGGAAGCGGAGAUGGAGGUGAUGGAGGUGGACAUUGAGAUGGAGCGCAGGAAGAGGCCUAGGAUAGCCAGUGGAAAAGCUGCCGAGGCAGAGGCGGAGGCGGCGGCGGAGGCGUCGGCGUCUGAGGAAGCUGCUAUGGCGUCGGCGGCGGAGUACAAGAAACGGAUGGCAAACCCUCCGACGCCCGAGGAGCUGCGCGCGAGCGAGGAGAGGUGGGAGAAGUUCUGCAGCGAAUCGUGGGAGAGGUUCCGCGAUAGAUGGAUCGAAGUUUGGUCGUACGGCAAGAUCCCCUUCGAGGCCGUCACGGAAAUCCCCUGCAUGCGUUUCACGUACACCAACAGGCACCCUGGUGUCAUCAUCCCGGAGGACACACUGCAGGUCGUCUCCGUCCAAGUCAAGGACCUAACUGGUGGCUUGCAGUGGCCCCUGGAUGUCUACGGCGUCGUCGCCCUGCGCGAUGGGGUGGAUCGCAUGCGAAAUGUGGUUUUCUACCGUGAAAGGGACGACUGCCAAAGUAUCAAUGAGCAGGAUUCAUACCUAACACUUACAGGUCCUAGCCGCGGUGUUGUCAUGUCGCAUGAUAACUCACAUUUGGAGGUUAUGCUCAAAGUGAAGGGUACUACUGAAUCUGAAGAUAAAGAUUUAAACAAAUUUGUGGACCCAUACAGGCUGGGCUGCUUCCUUCCUUUUGAGUACACUAGCAAGCUUUGCACAGUGGAGAUGCAAUACUACACUGCUCUUUGGUCCGUGGAGGCCACAAUUUUUGUUCGAGUCUUUAAAGGGCGAUGGCCACAUGGUUUUCGAGGUGUACUAACUGCUAGUACCUGCACGAAAAGAGACGUCCAGAUCUCACUGCUGGAUCUUAAUGAUGAUGAAUUACAUGUUGAUGCUGAUGGCUUUGUCAAGCUAUCAAGAUGUGUCAUUUGUGUUGAAAAGGAUGGGAAGCUGCGGCUGUCUAUCUUCGAACGUGGUGCUGCUGGGGAAGAAGGCCGAGAGAUAGCUGGUAUAUGGAUUGCAGCUGAAGAUGCCGGAGAAGCCACUCAUUACAUGCCUGUGGAGGCGCUUGACUGCUGGAUGGAAGUUACAGUUGCCUGGUCUCUUUUCAGACUUUGAUCUAAUCCUCAUGAGUAGUUAAACUUAUGUUUGCUUUCGUUUAUGGACUGGUUUAUGUAACUGUAGAGAUGUGGCUCGUUAAUUAGUAUGAACCGGUGCUUGGUUUGUGAAGUAGUAACUGGUGAUCGAUGCGCUUUUGUAUGGGCAAAUUAAGUUGGAUACCAUUUUAAGUAUUCUUGGAUUCUCUUUC